AUGUUAAGUCCUCAAUCAAUAUCACAAAUUCAUCAACUGAAAACUUUCAUAAAACAACAACCCCCACUACCACAAUCAAAAAAAGAAUUUAAACAAUUACCAUAUUCAUCAAAAUUAUAUAAAUCAGAAUUGACAAUACAUCAACAAACAAUAAAUGAAUAUGAAUUUGAAAUAUAUAAUAAUAUUAUAAAUUUAAUGGAAUUAAAUAAACCAAAUAUGAAAUUAUAUAAUCAACAACCUUAUUUAACUUACAACAUAAGAUUAAAAUUAAUUGAUUUUAUUUUGAAGAUGUCACAAAGAUUAAAAAUUUUACCAUUUGUUUAUUUUAAAGCAAUAAAAUUAUUUGAUAGAUAUUGUUCAAAAAGAAUUAUAUUAUUAGAUCAAUCUCAAUUAAUUAUAACUACUUGUUUAUGGAUAUCAUCAAAAUUAAUUGGUGGUAAUAAUCAUUUUAUAAAUUUAAAUAAUAAUAAUAAUACCUGUAAUUCUAAUAAUGGUAAAAAUUUUAAAAUAUUAAAUGAUUUAGGUUAUGGAUCAGGUGGUAAAUAUUUAGGUCCAACAGAAAGAUUUAGAUUACCAAAAUUAUUUGAAUUAAUUAAAUUAUGUGGUAAUAAAUGUAAUUAUGAUUUUAAUAUGUUUAAACAAAUGGAAUUACAUAUUUUAAAUACUUUAGAUUGGAAUUUAAAUGAUCCAUCAAUUGAAGAAUUUUUAAUUAAAAGUGAAGAAUUUAAUAUUUUACCAACUCCUACUAUUAAUAAUAAUAAUAAUAAUGAUGAUAAUAAUAAUAAUAUUAAUAAUAAUGAAUAUUUAAUAUCAACAUAUGAAAUAUUUAAAAUAAAAGAAUAUUUAAGUUAUAUAUCAUUAUAUUCAAAUGAAUUAAUUGAUGUAAAUAUAAUUGAAUUAAGUCAAGUUAUAAUUGAUUUAAUAAAUGAACUAUAUAAUAAUUCAAAUUCAAUUAAUCAAAUAAAUUCAAAAAUUAAUAUCAAAAUGGAUUUAAAAAAUUAUAAAUUUAUUAAAAAAAAUUUAAUAAAAUCAAUUUUAAAAAGUUCUGAUUUUAUAUUAAAAUUUUUUGAUUCAAAAGGUCCUCAAUUUAUUUAUAAACAAAUUAAAUAUCAAUAUCAUAUUGAAAUUUCAUCAAUCAAUAGUGAUGACAAUAAUAACAAUAAUAAUAAUGACCAUAUUCCAACAUCAACCACUUCAUCUACUGAAUCAAUUUAUUCUUCAAGAUCAUCUUCUUAUUCAUCAGUAAUAUCUUCAUCAAAUUAUACAACCACUUCAUUAACAAAUAUGGAUAUUAUAUCAACAACAACAACAAUAACUCCAUUUAUAGUAUCACAACUACCACAACAAAAUAAAAAAUUAAAAAAAUUUCCAAUAUCAAUUGAUACAAAUUAUAAAUCUUUACAUCCUCAACAACAACAACAAACUCCACAAAAUUUUAAUUCUGUACAAUCACAACUUAAUAAUAAUUAUAUUAAUCAAAUUAAUAAUUUAUCAACAUCAUCAUUAAUAAAUAAUUCACCAUAUGAUAUAAAAUCAACAAAAUCUUCAUCACAAUCAUCAAUUUAUUCAAUUAAUAAUAAUAACCAUCAACAAAUUAAUAAAAAUGAUGAUAAUAAUAAUAAUAAUACUCCAUUAAGUGAAAAUCAAAGUCCUUUUUAUAAUCUUAACAAAAAAUUAAACUUAUUAUUUGAUGAUAAUAAUAAUGUCAAUAAUAAAUUUGGCAGUAGUAAUAAUUUUAUAAAUGUUGGUACUUGA